UAGUAGAACCUCUAGGAGUAUUACAGGUGAAAAUAAAGAGCAGGAUGAAGCAGAAGAAAUUGCCGCCGCGACUAACCAAACGAGUACUUCUACAGGGCUCGAGCAUGCCGUCCAGCCGGUUACUGUCGUCACGAAGAGAAGCGAAAAGGACGUCGGCAGCGACUCAGAUA